AUGUUGAAUGUUCCUGUUCGCCUCUCCAUUCGUCGCCCCUCACCGACGACUGUUUCAUAUACUGUCUCUAAUGCACCUUCUCGGACAAGCUUCUCUGCUCAGGCUACCUUCUAUGUCACAAUAAUACUACGCGUGCUACUGGCCAUCUCCGCUCUGGCCGUGGCCGUUGCCAAGUUCACACAAGUUUCUGGUGCCCAGAAAGUGCCAGGUGCUCAAAUUCUUUUUGAAAGUACGAGUCUGGGAACUUUCUCCGAUGGGAUAGCAACUAGAUUCAGCUGGAAGAUUGUCUUCCCUGCUGUAGCUGCGAUAAUCUACGCCGUGGUGCAGAAAGGCUAUACAGAAGAAUCUUUAUUAGUUAUCCGCGGUCUAGGAAUACAGACCUCCACAUCUUCUUCCACCUAUCUUUCAACAGCUGCAACCAGGUUUAUCCCGACGAAUGAGAUCAGGGAUAUAUUCAUCCACGAAGCAUUUAAAGGAUUUGAGGUACGAUUUUACCUUGCUGUGGUUGUACGAGGAGAGGAAGAUGUGGUAGUUGUCUUUCCUAACCUUCUUCCGAAGCGGAGGAUGUUAGAAGACCUGGGAAGCAGACAUGCGUCCCAAUCGGCAGGGAUAUCGAAUGUUCCUUGA